AUGAGUUGGCAAGACACUGCAACAGAUUUGUUGCCCUAUUACGAAUAUACGAUGGGGUUUUUCUCCUAUGCCCUAAAUAUUUUGGUCAUCUACUUGGCCAAGACACAAAUGCACAAGCGAACAGCGGAAUACAGGACGAUUAUUUUGCUCAAUUGCGCGGUGGAUCUCAUUUUCAACACCUUCAAUCUUUUGACCAGAACGGUAAGUUGAAAGGACUGAAACAUUAACUAUUGUCAUUGCAAAGUAUGAUAUUUUAUUUUGACUUUCAGGCUUGUGAUAUCAAAGAAGGCAACAUCUUCGUGCUCAGCACCGGUCCUCUCGGCGACGUACCUCAGCCUUAUGCGGCAAUGAUCACUUUCAGCUGGUUGUGGGCGCUUUUGCUGACCGUGGUUACCGUACCGAUUCAAUUCCUCUACCGUUACAGCCAAAUAUGCCUCACAACGCCGAUCACAACGAGGCAAUACGUCCUGAUUUACGGCGGUUUCAUUUUGGCGUUGGCAUUGCAUUGUGCGGCGGGAGUGGUGGUGUUCGAAACGGAUCCGGAGGUGUUGAAGGGAUACGAGCAUUUGAUACGCGAGAACCCCAUAUUCAAGGACAUGCCCGUCUUCACGUUGGGAAUUAAGGUAACAAAUGUUUGGUGGCCACAAGUAACUGACGUUGUUGUUGAAAGUUACCCAAAAAUGUUAGAUUUUGCACUCUGAACCUCCUGUUCUUCAGGCCCGUAGUGUUCUUUUGGUAUUUUCAUAAAGUGCAUGGGCAUUUGCAACGGGGCUUUUUUAUGUGCGGCCCGGACUGCGACAAAUCUCUAUGCACUUUAUGAAAAUCCGAAUAUCAGUCUGUCGGGAAAAUAAUAAGCGCUGUCACCAGUUGCUUUAGAACAUGUGGAUUGAAGGUCCCUAUUUUAGGUUCUGUCUAAGAUCUCAAGCCCAAAUACGACUGUAAAACACAAUGACUAGCGAAUAAUAGGCUCUAGCUGAAAGGCACUGAGGACGACAAUAUCAAAAAUCCUGCCGUGGUCGCCAUGUCAAGACUUGGAUAGUCGAGGUCUAAUGAGGCCCCUAACUUGCCCUCUACUCCUAGUAUACCAACCCGGAGACACAACUAGAGAACUCUAGCAGUGAAACUGUGAAAUCACACGAAUUGACUCCAAUUAUAAUAGCUCGAACCACCAUUGCACUGUGUCAGGGGGACUUCCAACAAUUAGAAAUAUGUUUGUUUUCCAAAACGAGUGACCGAAAAGCGAUCGGUCUAUUAUAUUUAUAUCAAAAUAUUCGUCGGUUUAUGCCAAUUUCUGGGAAUUCUUCACGGAAUCGUGACAUGAUCGAAACCACAAUGUUAGACCCCGCAUGCUACGGGAUGCGCUGAGCUUCAACAUACGAUACAACAGGCAUAGUAAACACACUUUAUUGACCAAUAGCACCACCACCGCAGCGGGAAAAACACAGGCAGAAUAAUUCACACUCCUUCACGCCGAUUGAUUGGAAGAUUUCCAUUCCUUUUAUACCAAUUUGUUCGUCAUUUCGUGGGAAUAUGCAAAUCCGCACGUGAAGCCGUGACACACGUCAAAAAAAUUCUUUCAGAAAAUUGAAAAAACAAGGAAUCUCGGAUUUUUUGCGAAGUGCCGCAUAAUUAUCGAGCUUGAAAAAUUAUUUUCCUCUUCGAAAAAACAUUUUUCUCGAAAUUCUCUGGGAAAGUUUUCUUUUGUGACUCGAUAAUUCAGCGACAUUUCGUCAAAAAUCAAUGAUCCGAGGUUCCUUGUUUUUUCACUUUUUCUUUGACGUGUGGCAGCGCAUUGUCGCAUCGAAAAUCGCAUAGCCGCCGAGAAAAUGAAUUGUGUCGCUGCAAAGUCCAAUUGCUUUUCACCUCAGCGACGCGAUUCGCGCAAAGACAUUCUGCUCAUUUUUUCCCGACAGACUGAUAAAAGGUCCUUGGCUGAAAACACUGAGGGCAACAAUAGCACUGUAACUAAGGUGUCUGCUCCAAAUAGGCACGACCGGGUAGGGCAACAAGUAUUAUAGACACAGAAAUUACAAUUGACUUUAUUCGGACGAAAGCCAAGGGAAAGGGUGACCGCAAAGUGGACGUUACUUUUAUAUCAAAAGAAGGGUAUUCCAAAAAAAAUCUGUCUUUUUUCAGGACUCUCCCAAGGCAGCUCUUCAUAUUUUGGACUGCAUAUUUAUUGUUGGAGUUGCAUACUCGAUUGUUGUGUAUUGCGCAGUCAAGACGCUACGACGCCUCAAAGAAACGAAGAAAUCUCUUUCCAAGGCCACACUCGCCGCGCAGAAACAGUUGACCAUCAUCAUGUUCAUGCAGGUAUAAGGAAAAUACCGUCAACAAGGGCUAUAACUCAUUUUUAGGCGACAAAUCCCCUUAUAAUGCUCAACUUGCCCAUCUGCGCGGCGUGCAUCUUGACCUUGCUCAACAUCACGCUCAGUGGGAUCUCGUUCUUCAUGACGCCAGUCGCCACGUUCAUCCCGAUUCUCAAUCCGCUUUGUGUGAUUUUUGUGAUCCCCAGCUUCCGAAGGUUCGUCCUUUGCCGAAAAGGGAAAGAAUUCCAAAUCGGAACCACCUCUGACGUGGUCUCGACCAAAAUGCCAUCCUCUCAUUGA